GAGGGGAGGUGGGCCGCAGGAAAACCUCACCCAGAGAACCCGAGGAUGCCCCAGCACGGGAAGCCUCCAACGGCAGGCUGGAUGGGGCUACGGGCAACCCGCUCGAGUGGAAGGCACCCCUGCCGACGGAAAGACGGUUGGAAGCAGAUGGCAUCUGAGGUCCCUUCCAACGCAAACCACCCUCUCAUUCCCUCAACUCCUCCAGUCUCCUCAUCCUCAAAAGGUGCUUAAAAACCACAUCAGGGGCGUCAUCCCCAUAAACGUUUGAGGACUCCUCCUGGACGGCAACAAACCUUUGGCCUUCGCAACGCAAGAUCCUUGGCUUACAGCUAUCCGCCUCCUGGUACAUUUCCUCCUUCUCACCACAUGCCACAGGAAGCAAGGAAAAGAAAAGACGGUGGAGGAAGGAGACGCGUCGUCUGAGGAGCACCACAGCCACAGACCCCGCUCGGAAGGAUAUCUUCCCUUUCUCCUUCUUCCUCAAGCACAAGCCUUUCCAACGUAUUCUCAACAGCUUCCAACACAGGCGGCGCUGCCUACUCCCACCACAACCACAGCCAACCCAGAGCUCCUCACGCCACCGGAAACUACCCAAGGUUCUCCCAGCACGCAUCACUUUUCCAUGCUUUGUAAAAAACAAACAGAAACAAUGCACAGAAAGCAAACCACGGGCAACACACAUCUCACUCAAGUCGAAAGACCAAGACCCAUUACAGCACUAGGGCAUUACGUAAGAAAAGUAGAGUUGAACAGGAAGAGGGAUUUCACCAAAGGACACACCAGAGCUCUCGCCGCACGCCUCAGGGAAAGGAUGAAAAAAAAAUAGCUGCACAACAGCUGACCCAGAAGAUUCCGCCCCACCACUUUCACAUCCCCCUCCCGGCCCUCGCAGCCAGCCACCCCAGAACACACCGCCGGACCAGGAUCUCCACCAACCGCCCCACACACAGACAAGGCACUUGCUCCCAGACCACAAAAACCAAUAGCCAAAAGUGAAAGCCACAGACAAAAUCUCUCGGCAACAGGAAAGCGAGGAAGGGAAAGAUGCCACACCACAUAAAGCCGGCACCGUGGCUGCACACAGACCACUGCCACCACCCGCACCACCACCGAGCCCCACCAGGCUCCUGCCCAGCACAACGCGAGUCCCACCAUGGCUGUGCCUGCAAGCCCACAGCACCCACGGGGGUACGGCAUCCUGCUGCUCACGCUCCUUCUGAAAGCUCUCGCCACCACCGCCUCCGCCUGCAACCACCUUCGCCCCCAGGAUGCCACCUUCUCUCACGACAGCCUCCAGCUCCUCCGGGACAUGGCUCCCACACUACCCCAGCUGUGCCCACAGCACAACGCGUCUUGCUCCUUCAACGACACCAUCCUGGACACCAGCAACACCCGGCAAGCCGACAAAACCACCCACGACAUCCUUCAGCACCUCUUCAAAAUCCUCAGCAGCCCCAGCACUCCAGCCCACUGGAACGACAGCCAACGCCAAAGCCUCCUCAACCGGAUCCACCGCUACACCCAGCACCUCGAGCAAUGCUUGGACAGCAGCGACACGCGCUCCCGGACGCGAUGGCCUCGCAACCUUCACCUCACCAUCAAAAAACACUUCAGCUGCCUCCACACCUUCCUCCAAGACAACGAUUACAGCGCCUGCGCCUGGGAACACGUCCGCCUGCAAGCUCGUGCCUGGUUCCUGCACAUCCACAACCUCACAGGCAACACGCGCACUGAGCCCCAAACGCACCUCCCACCCUUGUCCUAUUUAUCUAUUUAUUCAACUAUUUAUACAAACGCCUAUUUAUUCUUCUAUUUAUUCUUCUAUUUAUUCAGACAAAAUAAAGCUCUCCUUUUCAACACUGCCUGCGAGUGCCUCCUUUCGCUCAAUCACAGAAGCCCCUUUCGGGGGCAACCAAACCUGGGAUUCUCACACACAGCUCCGAAAACUCUGCUACCCGCUUACGUCUUGCGUAGUCCUGGCAGGGGGAGGGAGGUCCACAAGUUCGGCACAAAAAGCAACCAAAGCAGGGACACCUGCAGCGGGCGGCAGGACCGUCCGGUUUUGGCUAACAAGGUUGAACAAAUCAGCUGAUAAUCAGUUUCAGCACAGAAGCUUGACGGCCACAGCGGUACCGCAGUGACGGGUUUUGCUUCGUUAAUGUGAAAUUAGCCCUACAGGUAACUCACGUCUCGAGUGCCAUGAUCAAGAACACAAAGGCGGCGUACCACUGCAGUAGAUGACUCUUCACGCAAAUCCUGUCAAAACAUCGCCCCACAGGGAGAAACCCACAAGCUUCAGCUUCUAAGGGGAAGCAGAGCUAUCUUGGGGAAGCAGAGAAGAGAAAGGCAGAGAGAAGGAAGGAGACAAGAGAGCUAAGAGACGGGAAGCUACACUCAUCUUACUCCGCCAAGACAGGGCACCUUCUUGGCAACCACUCUGCCUCACCCUCUCUCUGGGUGGAGAACACUGGGACAGCAUGGAUUUGGAUACCCCCAUGUCUUCGUUCCAGCUGGGACAGAAUUGUUCUCUUCAGAGCGCCUGCUACGAUGCGGCGUUUUGGUUCUAGGAGAAAAACAAUGCUGGUAACACACCGACGCUUAUUCUUGCCGCCAAGCGGUGCCGCACCGAGCCAAGGCCGUUCUCAGCAAAAGCCCCAAGGAGCUGGGAGGGAGCGGAGUUAGGACUGCUGACUUAAACUGGCCCAAAGGGCUAUCCCCCACCAUACGACAUCAAGCAGGAGGAGUUUUGAGGAGGGUGGGAGUUCAACUCGCUCGCUUGCUCUUCCGCUCCUCACGUGGCUGCAAUGCCGCUCUCCGUCCUAUCAGAAAAGUCACGGCUGUCAGGAAAAGUCCCCGGUGACUGCAAAAACGGAAACAUCGCUCCCCCUUCUAGGAAAGGAGGAAGGAAGACGCGGGGAACUACAGCCAGGUGAGCCUCACCCCUCUGCCUAGGAAGAUCACGCAGCAGAUCUGCCAGCAACAGAGGGACGAGCAGGUGAUCCGACACAGCCUGCAUGGCUUCACCAAGGGCAGAUUGUGGUGAAGCAGUCUGGUUAUAAUGCUGUUAAAACACCGACACUAAUUGUUGCUGACACGUGGUGCUGUACAGAGUGAGGUCCAUUCUUUGGAGAUGCAUUGCCUGCUGAGCACCGUAUUCCAGGACAGUGCUCCAAGCUCAUCGUAACGUGGCCCAGAUUGCAAUGAUUUUUCAGAUGCCUUAUGUCUUCCAGAACACUAACAUCCAGUGAGCCACCGUUUCCACUCUUCCUAACCUUUAGGACCUCUUCUAGUUCUUCAGGUGUCCCAACACUCAAGCCCAGUAAUCGACAGUCCAUGUCAAGAACUUCUCAACCUCAGUGGUCAUUUCUUCCAUCACCUCAAGCAGUUCUUAGCUGACAAUAAUACCUGCUCCCAGACACAGGGCCCCUGCCACCGUCACUUCAAUAAAUACUUUUGAUCCAUCCAGAAUUUUAUCCAGCACAACACCACAAUGUUUAUAACUGGGACCACGUUUGUCUUUAGGAUCCUGCCUGUUUUCAACGCGUGGAUACACUCACAUGGGAGACGGAAACUGAAGCUCCUCUCACAGCCUACUCCAAGCAUCUCAACAUCCAGUGACUGUCCCUAUACAACAGCAAUAGCCACCCAGCAAGAGGAACCAGCCACAGCUUGGGCUGGGUCAGCCCAGCACUGCUCGCUAAGCCUUCUUCCACUUAAGGUCCACAGCAACAGGGAGACAGGCAUGACUGAGCCCAGCCCAUUGGCACCACAUCAAGGCCUGAGUCUGGCUACGACACAGCCCAUCCUGUCACAACUCCUGGCCCACUCCACAGCCCAAACUUGUUUGGAAUGCAAGGAGCAAGUCUUCACCACGAGAGGCAAUCAGGAGACAGAUUGAUGCCAUUUGGAAGAGGAGCAGCAGUUAUUACCCAGAGCAUUAUGGAGGCCAUUUGUACUGCCCCUGAUGGAGGGGGAAGGUCCCAGUGGACUACAUAUAGCACAUGCAUGUUGACAUCUAUUGAUCAUAUUGUAUUUUUUUAUUUUUUCACCCAUUUUUUAAAUCCAUCUUCUCUAAUAUUUAAUUUAUUUGCUUUUUUUUUUUUUUUCUUUAUUCAUUCCUUUUUUUUUUCUGGAAAUAAAGGCUAUAUUGAAAAGAAAGAUGAGGAGAGGCACUUAUUCUGCACGUGCCACAGACAAGGGCAGGUUUUUUGCAGGCAGGCCUCCUGCAGUCUGCACACCUAAAGGUCCCUCAUUCAUCAACACCUCUGAGCUUCCUAUCACUAUUGUGGACCAUGGGGUUGCUGUGGACUGGCACAUCUCUUCAGUCACCAAGCUUAGAGACAUCUCCCAUGGACACUAGAUCCUGGCAGUGCAAGUCCACUGUAAUCACAUGAUGCUUGGCCCAUGAGCUCUGCUUCUGCCACCACACAGCUGCUCCUUUCCCACUCCUCUCCCAGUACCAAGGUGUGAAAGCCACCUUCAACACACUCUGACACCACCAGCCUAGUUCUGCUGGCCUCUCAGCAAUGUCCUGGGGCUGCCAGGGGCUUGCAUGGAUGAAGAGUAUCUCAAAGUAAAGGUGGAGGGGUGGGGAGGGGAGGGGAUGUCAACCAUAGCCCUUCAAGAUCUCAACAAAGAGUACUGCAUCCAGGCCUGGGGCCCCCAGUACAGGAAGGACGUGGAGCUCUUGGAGCAGGUCCAGAGGAGGGUCACUAAGAUGAUCAGACGGCUGGAGCACCUCUCCUUUGAGGAAAGGUUAGGGAACUAGGCUUGUUUACCUUGGAGAAGAGAAGGCUACAGGGAGAACUCGUUGUGGCCUUCCAGUACUUGAAGGGAGCGUAUAAACAGGAGGGGCAACGACUGUUUAUGAGGGUGGAUAGUGAUAGGACAAGGGGGAAUGGUUUUAAACUAAGACAGGAGAGGUUUAGGUUAGAUAUUAGGAGCAAGUUUUUCACACAGAGGGUGGUGACACACUGGAACAGGUUGCCCAAGGAGGCUGUGGAUGCCCCAUCCCCGGAUGCCUUCAAGGCCAGGCUGGAUGUGGCUCUGGGCAGCCUCGUCUAGUGGUUGGUAACCUUGCACAGGGGGGUUGAAACUCAAUGAUCAUUGUGGUCCUUUUCAACCCAAGCCAUUCUAUGAAGGAGCUGCACACUACUGCUAAUAAAUCCACGCAGGAAGCACAAAAAAAAAAUUGACAAAAAAUACAGAAUGUGCCCAGGGCCUGCUCACUGCUCACCUACCACCACCACCACUUUGCACUCCUACAUCCCAACAGACCCUUCAAAAGAGCAACAUCCCCUGUACACCACGCACCUAAGACAGCCUAACCCAGCCAGCACACACAGACACAGAGUACCACAUGAAGUUAACUGACCACAAAUCAUCAGGACUGUCUUUUUCUUCACCCUUUGACCACCACCACAAAAAACACUUCCUUCAGGUACUAUGCCCACCACAAGAAACCCAGAAUGAGAAAACACCAAGGCCCAGUAACUCUGGUCUCCUGAAAAGGACUAAGAGGCUGUUCUCUGUGCUCAGUCAAACCACUUCCAUGUCACCACUGUGAAGACAAUGCUCUGUGCUAAAGCAAGUAGACACAUCCCUUACAGCUAGAAAGUGAGGAAACAAGUUGGAUCUUGGCAACUAAAGGAGAGUACAAACAAGUCGUUAGGAUGUGCAGGGAGAAAAUUAGAAAGUCAAAGCCCAGCUUGGACUCAAUCUGACCACUGCAGUAAGAGAGAACAAAAAACUUUCUUUUACAAAUACAUUAACAGUAAGAGGAGGGAUAAGGAGAAUCUCGAUCCUUUACUGGAUACAGCAGGGAAUGUGACCACUGAGGAUAAGGAAAAGGCUGAGGUUCUCAACGUCUUCUUUGCAUCUGCCUUUAAAAAGUCAGACGUUUUACAGAUAGAGUACUCUAUCUUCUGACCUGGAAACCUUGGGUGGGGAGUAAAAUAAACUUUUGAUUAUUCAGGUAGAAACAGAGACCUCCUACUCCACUUGGACCGACACGAGUCCACGGGACCAGACUAGAUCCACUUGAGGGUGCUGAGGGAGCUGGUGGAAGUGAUUGGCAAGCCACUUGCCAUAAUCUGUCAGCGUUCCCUGUCAACUGGAGAGGUCCCAUAGGAUAGGAGGCUUGCCACUGUGACUCCCAUCUUCAAGAAGGGUUGUAAGAAAGAUCUGAGGAACUACAGGCCCGUCAGCCUGACUUCAGUGCCAGGAAAUGUUAUGGAGCACAUCAUCGUGAGGGAGAUCACACAGCAUGUGCAUAGGACAACCAGAAGAUCAGGCCCAGCCAGCACGGGUUCAUGAAAGGCAGGUCCUGCUUGACCAACAUGAUCUAAUUCUAUGAUCAAGUGACCCGUCUGGUGGAUGAGGGAAAGGCUGUUGAUGUAGUCUACCUUGACUUCAGUAAAGCCUUUGACACUGUCUCCCACAGUAUUUUCCUGGAGAGGCUGGCAGCCCAUGGCUUGUACAGAUCUUUGCUGGGUAAAUAACUGGCUGGAUGGUCAUGAGUGGUGCUCCCUAGGGGUCAGUAUUGGGGCCUUUCCUGUUCAGUAUCUUCAUUGAUGACCUGGAUGAAGACACUGAGUGCACCCUCAAUUUGGAUGACACCAAGUUGGCUGGAAGUAUCAAUUUGCCUGGGGAUACUAAGGCCCUGCAAAGCAAUCUGAACAGACAGGAUAGUUGGGAUGAGGCCAGUGUGAUGAAGUUCAACAAGGCCAAGUGCUGGGUCCUACACUUUGGCCACAACAAUCCCAAGCAACCCUACAGGCUUGGGGCAGAGUGGCUGGAAGACUGUGCAGAGGAAACAGACCUUUAGGUAUUGAUCAACGCUCAGCAGAACAUUAGCCAGCAGUAUGCCCAGGUGGACAAGAAGGCCAAUGCCAUCCCGGCUUGUACCAGAAAUAGUUUCGUCAGCAGGAGUGGAGAAAUGAUCAACCAUCUGUACACAGCCCUGGUGAGGCCACACCUUCAGCACUGUGCUCAGUUACGGGCACCUCACUACAAAAUAAUCAUCGAGGCCCUGGAGCAUGUUCAGAGAAGGGCACUGAAGCUGUUAAGGGGUCUGAAGCACAAGUCUUAUGGGAAGCGGUUGAAGGAGCUGGGAUUGUUCACUCUGUAGAAGAGGAGGCUCAGGGGUGACUUGAUCACACUCUACAUCUACUUGAAGGGAGGUUGUGGUAAGGUGGAGGUUGGCCUCUUCUUCCAUGUAGCUAGCAAUAGGACUAGACAAAAUGGUUUCAAGUUGCACCAGGGGAGAUUCAUGUUGAACAUUAGGAAAUACUUCCCCGAGACAGUGGUCAGGCACUGGAAUCAGCUUGCCCAGGGAGGUGGUGGACUCUGGCGUUUUCAAGAAACGUUUAUGUGUUGUACAGGGGGACAUGGUUUAGUGGAAAACAUUGCUGAUAGGUAGACAGUUGGAUUGGAUGAUCUUGGAGGUCUCUUCCAACAUUGGUGAUUCUACGAUUCUAAUAUACUCAGCUACACAGCAUGAAACAGGGUGCCCAGAGAUGUCAAUGUCCCAUCCCUGGAGACAUUAAAGGCCAGCUUGGACCAGGCUCUGAGCAACCUGAUCUAGCUGCAGAUAUCCUUGGUUCAUUGCAGGGGGGUUGGUUUAGAACACCUUUAAAGGUCCCAUCCAACUCAAACGAUUCUGUGAUUCCACACACAUGGGACCUCACAGACUCCAUCUUUUGAGGUAGAUAAAGAGACCCACAUCUCCUCAGCAGGUAACAGCAGAAGAUGAGAGAAACACAGGACAUUCAAACUUCAAUUUCAAACUUUCUAAACCAAUAAAGUGAUAAAAUUGUCAUCUUUCCCAGGAAUACAAUUCAACACUCAAGGAGGGAUUGGGAAGGUUGAGGGAUAUCCAUCCUUGCAGACAGACAGAAGUAUCACUCAAUAAGGCGUUCAGAAAAUUCUGACAAAACUAGCCUCAGUACCAGAUUGCAGUGAGAACCCUCAGGAAAGAGUUCUUCCACAAUAAAAUAUUCAGCAAAAAUUUCGAAACAUGCUCUGACUCAUUAAAAACAAAGAAAAAGGCAAACAGUGAAGUUCCAAUACCAUGAGAUGUAGUUAAAAAGCAAACAUCCAGUUCACAUUGCAAGAAAACACAAGAACUGAGAAUAUUAAAUUUUUCACAACAAAACUUUGUUUUGUUCCCCCCCCCCCCCCCUCCAACACAGCCCAUGAAGACAACUGCCAUGAAAUUUACACAGCACUACAGCUUUCAAAGUACAAGAGCUCAGAGAAGACUUCGAUUCAGAAAUCUUUAGAGUUCAAAAAAAGGAAAGGAAAGAAUAAAAACCAACAGAUCUCCAUCAGUUAAAAUAUUAAAAACUAAAGAAAAAAGCCAACUUGUUGAAGGAUAGGAUGUGUAGCAGAACUAUGAGACUGACGUGAAAUGCAUCAAAUCCAAACAGUCCAAAGUGUAAUAAAAAAUGAUGCACUGAUAGAAAACAAACAGAAAUUGAAUGCGCAAAACCAACAAACAAUAUUAUUACAUAACAUCAAGAACUACAUUUCAACAGGAC